AUGAAAAAUGCAUAUGAAUGGAUGGCAAACGUUAGAGAGGACAUCGAUUUCAACAAUCCAAACAGCCCGAAUAUACAAAACCGGAUAUUGGAGAUAAAGGCGGAGGAAUGUCACAAAGGAAACAUUUCGGGUUGGUGUCCCGAGUUCUGGGACAAGAUACUAUGCUGGCCAUCAACCGCACCUGGGGAUCUCGCCAUUUUGCCCUGUCCGUCUUAUAUAGCCGGCUUUGAUAUUCAGGCGAACGCAUCCAGGCAGUGCAUGCAGGAUGGCCACUGGUUCCUGAACAAUGACACCCACACCACCUGGAGCAACUACAGCCAGUGUUACAGGGAAUCGUUGGUUACGCUUGUGAUGGAGCUACCAGGCGGUCAGGAGAACAACGACACUGUCAUCAAGAAAUUCAUUCCGAUAGUGAAGACUAUAUCGAAAGUUGGCUACACCGUUUCCUUCUUCACCUUGGUGGUUGCGUUUUUCAUUCUGGCGGUGAUCAAGAAAUUAAGAUGCCCCAGGAACAUGCUUCACAUGCACCUCUUUGCCUCGUUCAUGCUGAGGGCGUUCAUGGCCCUGAUGAAGGACAUCCUGUUCGUCUCUGGGAUCGCCCUGGCGUCGGACAUGAUGAUCAAGAAUGGAAAAACCUACUGGCUGGUGGACGAGAAGGAGAGUAGCUGGCUGUGCAAGGCGUUCACAAGCUUCUGGCAGUAUUUCAUCCUGGCCAAUUACUUCUGGAUACUGAUGGAAGGCCUCUACCUGCACAACCUGGUGUUCCUGGCGUUGUUCACCGACGUGAACUCGAGUAUAGCUGGUUACGUGUGCCUUGGAUGGGGCCUGCCAGCUAUAUUCGUCUCCUGUUGGAUCGUGGCAAGGGUGACCCUCGACAACAAGUACUGCUGGACCACACAUGAGAAUCCUUACCUAUUUCACCUCAUCAGAGUGCCUACAAUGCUGUCCAUUCUUAUUAACUUUGUGCUGUUCGUGAACAUAGUCCGGGUGCUGCUGUUGAAGCUGAAGUCAACAGUCUCGGAGGAGACGCAAAGAUACAAGAGAUGGGCAAAGAGCACUCUGGUCUUGGUACCGCUUUUCGGGGUCCAUUACACUGUCUUUCUGGGUAUGUCCUACAGUAUUGGUGUGAACGAGACUGUCGAGGUUGUGUGGCUGUUCUGUGACCAGUUGUUUGCCUCCUUUCAGGGUUUCUUCGUGGCUGUUCUAUACUGUUUCCUAAACGGGGAGGUCCGAACAGAGGUGUCCAGGGCGAUCAGAAGCCAGAGGCUGCCCCGUCUCCGUCCUAGAUGGAUGUCCAGACGGUCCACCCACUCGGGUAGCACUUGCAGCUGCAACGCCUCGAAGCUUGGCCAACGAUCCAAGCGGCCGCCGUGGUGGAAGGACCCCUGGCUAUGCUUCUACCACGACAGGACCGCUCGUCGGUCUACUCACUCGAUGGCGAGUACACAAGAUAUUGGUACGCGAGGAGGUAGUCUAGCGAGCAGCAGGGGUUACCUGGAGAUCACAGGAAAUGGACAGGCCCCGCAUACCGGUAACCAGGGCCAACAGAUCAGUCACACGUCACCCCUCUGCAGCCAAUACACGGAUCAGUCGUUGCUAUCUUUCUGCUCCAAUGUCUCUGAGGUCACACCCUGCACAGGGAUCAACACGGAUAGAGUCCGGGACGAACACCGCUGGAGCGAUUCAGAGUGCUGUCAUCUUGCCUAUGAAUUGCAUAACUUACACCAUGGGCCACCUUGA